AUGAAGGCGGCGGGAUACAACCCCUACGAUAGCAGCGGGACUGAUGACGAUCUCCCCCCAGCACAAAAUAGAGGACUAAGAGGACGAUCUUUCAGUGGGAAUGGCCGAGCAUCUGCUGGGGCAUUUCCUUACAUGAGGGCAAAUAAUGAUUUGGAGAGUGAAAUACAUCGGGUUGAGCAAGAUGCAUAUACUGGUGUUCUUAGAGCAUUUAAAGUGCAAUCUGAUGCAAUAUCCUGGGAAAAAGAGAGUUUGAUUACUGAACUCAGGAAAGAACUGAGGGUUUCCGAUGAGGAGCAUAGGGAGCUAUUAAAUAAAGUCAAUGAAGAUGGGACCAUCCGUCGAAUGAGGGAGUUAAGACAGGCAGGUGGAACCCCAAGUGGUCUGCAUCGUGGCAACAGGGUUUUAUAUGAUGCAGAACCUGGGCCCACUACCAAGAGGCAAAGGGCAUCUCAUUCGAUUCCUUCGCAAUCUGCAGGCCUCCAGUCCCCUAUGAUGCCCUCCCACUCAGUUCCAUCUGCAAAAUGGGGUCCUUUGUCAGCAAGAGGCAAGAAGGCGAAGACGCCCAUUCCUUUGGCGCUACCAUCUGUGGAUCCAAGUUCAUUAAUAAACCAUAAAGUUUAUACAAGGUGGCCAGAGGACAACAACUUCUAUGAGGCCACCAUAACACAAUAUAACCCUGUGACGGGUGAGCAUGCACUCGUCUAUGACAUGGGCACACAAGCCGAGACUUGGGAAUCGGUUAGGCUUUGUGAUAUGGCACCUGAAGAUAUAAGAUGGGAAUUUGAUGGACAUCUUUCAAAUCGUGAUGGCUGGGACCCUUCUGGCCCUAUGUUGAAGAGGCACCCAACCAAUAAUGGUGCUGUGGCAGGUUCAAUCAGGGGAAGAGGGAGGUUAUCAAUAAAUGAGCCUAUAAAGGACUAUGCUCCACCUCAAAAUGGCAUCAAUAGGAAUUUUGAUCAUGUUGACAUACCAAAUACUGAGAGUGUUGUUACGGAGGUGGAGAGGGUAUUGUCCAAUCCAAAUAUGCCUGAAAUCGAGAAGGCAAGGAAACUGCUGAAAGAUCAGGAGCAGUCAUUACUUGAUGCAAUUGCCAGACUUGAUGAAGCAUCGGAUAGCGAUAGUGAAGAUAUGGCCAUGGAAGGCCGAAUGGGUUCUGCUUUGGAAAGGAACGGCAUUGCUACUUAG